AUAGGUCAGGUGUCACAUGGAAGAAAGAAUCAUUGAUAUAAUGGAUCCUUAUGAGUUGAACAAUUAUCUGGCCUCUCGAAGUUAUGUCAACGGAUUUUCAUACAGUUACGGUGAUUUGGCUUUAUGCAAAAAAGUGUGUGAAUGUGUUGACAAGUAUGAAAAAUACUUGCACGUAAUGAGAUGGCUAAAUCAUGCGAAAUCCUUAAGUUCCCGUCAGGGUGCUAGCAUUAAAGGCGAUUUACCUCCGGCUGAAAAGACAUCUCAAUAUGUCAUCACGAAAGAUAUGUCACUGGAUCAGGUUAUUCUAGACACACUUUCGGAGCAGAAAGAAAUAAGUUCACUGAGUUUUGCCUCUGAGAAUGGUUUGGACCAUCAAAAGCUUGUUGGAGCAAUUAAAAGUUUGCUAGCUCUUCCUACAGAGUACAUCAAGGCAGAACAGAAGCAAAUAUCUAAGUGGGAACUGACAAAUGAAGGAAAAAGUUUCGUUGCUAAUGGAAGUUAUGAGUUUCUGUUGUAUUCAGCUGUUACCAAAGAUGGUAUACUCCAAAAGGAUCUGAUGAAAAUGCCAAAUGCAAAAAUCGGUUUUAGCAAAGCUAUGACUCUUGGAUGGCUGGCCAUGGAUAAAAAGCAUGCAAAUGGACCUACUGUUUUCCGUAAAGUUGACGGUGCAAUUGACGUGGUUAAGGCUGUUUUAGUGGACAUCGAAAAUAGGCAAAAUGUCGAAGAAAAGAAAAUUCAAGAUCUUAAGAAAAGGAAGCUUAUUACUCCCAUUGUGACAAAAUUUUACUCUCUUACAAAAGGUAGUGAAUUUAAAACCAUCAUCGAGCGUCCUGAAGCAGAUCUUACCGCUGAUAUGCUACAGGAUGCUUCUUGGAAGAAGAAAUCCUUCAAAGACUACAACUUCGAAGCAAAAGGUGCCCCAGUAACAAGUGGAUAUUUACAUCCACUGUUGAAAGUAAGAACUGAGUUUAGAAGGAUAUUCCUUGAUAUGGGUUUCAGUGAGAUGCCAACCAACAGGUUUGUUGAAAAUGGUUUCUGGAAUUUUGAUGCCCUUUUCCAGCCACAACAACAUCCGGCCAGGGAUGCCCAUGACACAUUCUUCAUCUCUGAUCCAGAAAUGACAAAGGAAUCCAAGCUUCCCUCUGACUACCUGGAACGAGUCAAGACGAUACAUGAGUCUGGGGGUUAUGGCUCAACUGGCUACAACUACGACUGGAAAAUUGCUGAAGCACAGAAAAACAUCCUGAGAACUCACACAACUGCAGUCAGUGCAAGAAUGCUGUAUGCUUUGGCUCAACAAAAGGAGUUCAAACCAGUCAAAAUGUUCAGUAUUGAUAGAGUUUUCCGUAAUGAGACCCUGGACGCAACUCACUUGGCAGAAUUCCAUCAGAUAGAGGGUUUAGUGGCUGACAGGAAUUUAACCCUGGGACAUCUUAUCGGAACACUUUAUGCAUUCUUUAAAAAGCUUGGACUAGAAAAGCUAAAGUUCAAGCCUGCUUACAAUCCCUACACAGAACCAAGCAUGGAAAUAUUUUCAUACCAUCCUGGACUGAAGAAAUGGGUGGAAAUCGGUAAUUCCGGUAUGUUUAGACCAGAAAUGUUGCUACCGAUGGGCAUACCUAAAGAUGUCAAUGUCAUAGCUUGGGGUUUAUCUUUAGAACGUCCCACGAUGAUCAAAUAUGGAAUAAACAAUAUAAGAGAACUGAUAGGUCCUAAAGUUAAUCUUAAUAUGGUGCAAGAAAAUCCCAUUUGUCGGCUUAAUAAAAUUUAGGGAUUUUUUCUGUUGGCUUGGCCAUAAUUUAGUUUGACGAAGUUAUUUCUUUAUUCAGUAGGAGGGUAACAGUUUAUUUUGAAAUUUGGCUGUCGUAAAUUAUUUAUUUUCACUUUUAUUCCUUGUCUAGGUUUGAUUAUCAAUAACUCAAGUUUGACUGCAACUUUCUCUUGUUGUUGUCUAGAUAUAGAGGGUUAAAUGUUUCAAAAAUGCCGUGGAAGAUUUUUAGUAUCAUAUUGCAUUUUUGAUUGUACAUUUUUCCAUUCAUCUUAUUUGAACACCUUUUUAGAUAAUGAUAAUAUUAUGUAUUUGUACAAUUUGUUCUUACUUCAAAAAUAUAGCGUAAAAUAGUUAAAAACUGCUUGAAUUUGUAAGCUUGAAUUGUUAUCUUGAUUUUAAUACUAAAAUCACGACAGGAAGCCCUGAAAUGUUCUAAAUUAACAUGGAUUCAAUUAUACAAUCGCUAUCAUCACACAAGAAGCUUGACCGAGAUCGUGGGAUCGGAGCCCUUUCUCGACACCUAAAAGCGAAUUCUGGAACAGAAAACGAAUCACCUCUUCUCAUCCUAAUCAAAGGAAAAGUAGAAUUCAAUGACUCAGAAUACUCCAUAAACCCAGAAGAGUCAAUACCAUGGGAGCAACUGCACGGUGCUCUACAAGCUCUGUCUCUCUACAUCGACUGUUGCAGUGAAACUUGCUCACCAGAGUUCUUCACCACCGCCACCAACGCAGGACAGCAGUAUCUUACACACCACGAGACAAGGGUUCGUACUGCUGCCGGGCAACUCCUUGGUGCUCUUGCUAAGUUCCGAGGGACUAGCGUUUACUUGUCCUGCAAGUCGGAGUUAUUAUCUGGUAUUAUAGUGUGUUUGGAGAGACACGAAGAGGCUGACAACAAGAUAAAAGAGAAGUUGAAUGGGGACACUUCUGAGUCGGUGUUCCACGAUACAGCUGGGUGGGGGAACUUAGAAACCAACAUGAAAGCACUGGAAUGCAUCAUAACCAACACUGGAGCCGAGUUUGAUGACUGUAUUGACAGUGCUCUGUUGGAUCUGGUGUUUGGUUCUUUAAGUCACACAAACAGGUUUGUCCGGGAGACUGGGUAUAUGGUGUGCUGUGCUCUCGUCUCCAUACACCCUCUCAACGAACAAUCAGAAAACAAGGGCCACAUUUGGAGUGAAGGAAAGCGGUUUGCAGACGUCCUAGAGAGGGGUCUAUCAGAUAAUUGGUCACAGGUAAGAAUGGCAGCAUGCUGUGCGACCCGUGCUUUCUUGCUGGGUAUCCCUGUUGCUGGUAGGGACGAGUUCUAUCCCCAGAUCCUCCCACCUCUCUGUCUCAACAGGUACUACAUAGCUGAAGGGGUAAGGAUCCACUGCCAGACAACUUGGAGAAUGUUGUUCAGUGUGACAGGAGUGAAGGCUGUUGAGUUACACCUCAACUCUAUAGUGCCCUUCUACAUCAAACAGUCUGAAGCUGAUAACCACGCUGUAAGAGAAGCGGCUUGCGCUUGUAUUGCUGAGCUGGCCACUAAAGUUGGAAGUGAUCCAGUGAGGGUUCAUGUUCCAACCCUGAUCCAGGGACUGCUUGUUUGUUUUGAGGAUGAUAGUUGGCCGGUUAGGGAUGCUGCUUGUACUGCGUGUGGUAAUUUUGUGUCUGUUUUUGCUGAAGAAUGCCGAGCUUACAUUGACAGAUUAAUGCCGCUGUUCUAUAUGAACCUUGAAGAUAACAUACCUUCAGUAAGACAGGGUGCAGCUAUUGCUAUUUCCAACAUUGUCCGGGCGUACUUAUCACCCCUGUCCAAUGAUGUGGUAGCUAAGUUGUCUGAACUUCUUGAUGCUGUUGAUGGACAGGAAGAUGACAGCACGCUUUACUCUGAUCUCAGCAAGAAGCCCGCUGUAUUUGGGGUGGCGAUGGCAGACGAUCCUGCUCAUACAAACCAGGUUAUGUACUCCUGUGGGUCUCUGGCCCCCAAGAUGGGGCGAGGGGGCAAGGCUCUUGGUGCUGGGGGUUGCUCUGCUUCUCAUCACUUCAAAAGACCAUCCCAACCUUGGGAGCGUACUGAUGGUGCUGUCAGGCUGUUCAUGGAGUUGAGCGACGUUAACGAUACUAAAUCUGACCUACUUCCCAUGGUUCGGAAAAUUUCAAGUGCCACUAGAAAACGGAACUUUGAACAUCACAAGCAUCUCCUGGAAACAAUUUAUAAAUGCAUCCCGAUGAUUUUUAGACGAUUAACUAAAAUUAAGAUAAAGCCAUUUAUAAAUGACUUCUUUGAUGGAUUAUUUUACGGGCUGAAGUCAGACAAUAAUCUUUUAAAGGCUGCCUCUGUAGAAUGUCUUCAAUCUUUGUCCUUACUUUUAGGCCCAAACAUUUUGAAGGGUCGUAUUGAAAUGACGGAUUAUAAUAUGAUGCUCUAUGUUCAAGACGCUUUCCCUGAGACUAUUGGCAUGUAACGUAUAUUUUUUCUAUUUAUGUUUUGUUUUCCAGGAAAAGAUGAUGACAUCUUGAAUAUAUUAUCCGUUUUUAGCAUAAUUCAGUUGUUCUAGAUGCUGGUAUUGUCAAUUUUACAUGAACUGUUCUAUUUUGUAUCUUAUUCAAUAUAUCAAUACAAUAUUUAUUUUCAUGAAUUCAUUGAAUGGAUUUAAAAGUUUAUGUCUGGAUAACUUAUUAAUUCUUCGUUUAUUACGAUUUAUACUUGUGUU